AUGUCGGCCAGGCUGUUCCUGUCUGGAGCGCUGGAGCUUCUUCCUCUGGAAGCGGCUCCGGCCAAAGCAUUUGGCCUUCACAGGCGACAAGCAUUCGGUGCUGUGGCUUGGCCUUCUUGGGUCACUCGCGACGAGUUGAGGGCAGCCCAGGGCUUUCACAGGAACUGCGAGCAGAAGUAUGCCGCCUGCGAUCCAAAGGCAGAGCGCGUGAAGCCCAAGUUCAUGAUCUAUCGUUCCACGGACAUUCUCCGUGCCGAUCCUGUCCGGCUCCCGCUGCUGCAGAUGGAUCUCCAUUUGCACGUGGACUUUAGGAAUCGCCGUGCCGACUUCUGCACACCGAACUUCGCGCCCAUCAUGCUGGACACCAACUGGCAUUGGUCCACGUUCAAUUGGCUGCCCUUCGACCUGCGCCGCUCUGUGUGCUUCGGAGCUCGGAUCCAUCCUCCUGGGGUCAGUGUCCAAGUGACCCGAUGCAGCCAUAGCGGCUUCGGUACCAUGAAGAAGCAAACCCACUCCGUGGAGUGGUCCUUCACAGGAGUUGCUUACCUCAUCAGCCACUACAACACCUGGGGCACUGGCGACGGCGACAUGACGCAGUCCUGGUUUGGUGGAAGUCAAAACUGGGGGCAGAAGGCCAAGUGA